GGUCCUGCUACCACCCUUCCCUGGGCUGUUACAAUGGACUCUCCCAAUGUUCAGUGUGUGUGUAGAAGGCUGCGAUGCUAAUGCUCGUUCUGGUACCCAUGAGCUAUUUCCUUCCUGUAUCCCUGCCAGAGCAUCCUUCAUAAUAUCACGCGAGACAGAUACUUAAAGGAGGGCUGUGGCAGAGCGGAGUAUAGACCAGGACCGUCUCCAUCUAGUGCCGCCCAAGGGAGAAUCGCCCAAUCGACCUGCCUGGCUGCUCCGGUGUCUCAAGCCUGGAUUAAGCGAAUGGGUCGCGGUUCAGUGACCUCGAUCGGCCGCCUUUGGAAAGCCGCGUCCUCCUUGCCCGCCGAAGAUUCCCACCGCUGCCCCCUGGUCUGAGGAUACGGGGAGGGGCCCUGCUUGCUCAUCCAGGAAGACCUGCCCUCCACCCCCCGCCCCUCGUCAAAGGCGGUUCCCAUCCUCUUCUUCCUCACGCCUGUGAGAUCUGAAGGCGGAGCGUCGGCCAGGGCAGAGCCAUGGAUGAGGGGUUCAGGGACCGCACGGCCUUCAUCCGAGGGGCAAAGGACAUUGCCAAGGAGGUGAAGAAGCAUGCCACCAAGAAGAUGGGCAAGGGCGUGGAUCGCAUGCAGGAUGAAUACACCAAGCGCUCCUACUCCCGCUUCGAGGAGGAUGAUGAUGAGGAGGAUUACCAGCCCCAGGAUGGCUAUUACCGCGGCGAGUCGGCCAAUGAUGAGGAAGGGGCCUCCAGCGAUGCCACCGAAGGGCACGACGAGGACGACGAGAUCUACGAGGGCGAGUACCAGGGCAUCCCCCGCAAUGAGUCCCUGAAGGCCGGGGACCACCUGGCCGACAACCAGCAGGUGGUGAGCGAGUUCAGAGACUUCGAGGACCUGGAAGGGGACAAGAAGAAGGACAAGGAGGAGCUGGCCCAGCAGUACGAGCUCAUCCUGCAGGAGUGCGGCCACGGGCGCUUCCAGUGGACGCUCUACUUUGUGCUGGGGCUGGCCCUCAUGGCCGAUGGCGUGGAGGUCUUCGUGGUGGGCUUUGUCCUCCCUAGCGCCGAGAAGGACAUGUGCUUGUCAGACUCCAACAAAGGCAUGCUGGGCCUCAUCGUCUACCUGGGCAUGAUGGUGGGAGCGUUCCUGUGGGGCGGCCUGGCAGAUCGGAUCGGCCGGAAGCAGUGCCUCCUCAUCUCCCUCUCGGUCAACAGCGUCUUCGCCUUCUUCUCCUCUUUCGUGCAAGGUUACGGCACCUUCCUCUUCUGCAGGCUGCUCUCCGGAGUGGGCAUCGGGGGCUCAAUCCCCAUUGUCUUCUCCUACUUCUCGGAGUUCCUAGCUCAGGAGAAGCGAGGCGAGCACCUGAGCUGGCUCUGCAUGUUCUGGAUGAUUGGGGGCAUCUACGCAUCAGCCAUGGCUUGGGCCAUCAUCCCUCACUAUGGCUGGAGUUUCCAGAUGGGCUCCGCUUACCAGUUCCACAGCUGGAGGGUCUUUGUCCUGGUCUGCGCCUUCCCCUCCGUCUUCGCCAUCGGCGCUCUCACCACCAUGCCCGAGAGCCCACGCUUCUUCCUGGAGAACGGGAAGCACGACGAGGCCUGGAUGGUGCUGAAGCAGGUUCACGACACCAACAUGCGAGCCAAGGGCCACCCCGAGAGGGUGUUUUCGGUCACCCACAUCAAAACCAUCAAGCAGGAGGACGAGCUGAUUGAAAUCCAGCUGGACACCAGCACCUGGUACCGGCGCUGGAUGGUUCGGAUCCUGAACCUCUUGCAGCAGGUCUGGAGCAACUUCCUGCAGUGCUUUGCUCCCGAGUACCGGCGCGUCACUCUCAUGAUGAUGGCUGUGUGGUUCACCAUGUCCUUCAGUUACUAUGGCUUGACCGUCUGGUUCCCAGACAUGAUCAAGCAUUUACAGAACAUCGAAUAUGCCUCCCGCACCAAGCUCUUCACCCGCGAGAAGGUGGAACACUUCACCUUCAACUUUACCCUGGAGAACCAGAUCCACCGCAACGGUGAAUACUUCAAUGACAAGUUCAUCGGCCUCAAGCUGAAAUCCGUCUCCUUUGAGGACUCCCUGUUUGAGGAGUGCUACUUCGAAGACAUCACCUCCAGCAACACCUUCUUCAAGAACUGCUCCUUCAUCUCCACUGUCUUCUACAACACAGACCUGUUUGAGUACAAAUUCAUCAACACCAAAAUCAUCAACAGCACCUUCCUGCACAACAAAGAAGGCUGCCAGCUGGACUUCAGCGACGACAACAACGCCUACAUGAUCUACUUUGUCAGCUUCCUGGGCACCCUGGCCGUGCUGCCGGGGAACAUUGUCUCGGCCCUGCUCAUGGACAAGAUCGGGCGCCUCCGGAUGCUGGCCGGCUCGAGCGUGAUGUCGUGCAUCAGCUGCUUCUUCCUGUCGUUCGGGAACAGCGAGUCAGCCAUGAUUGCCCUGCUCUGCCUUUUCGGGGGGGUCAGCAUCGCCUCCUGGAACGCCUUGGAUGUGCUGACGGUGGAGCUUUACCCCUCAGACAAAAGGACGACAGCCUUCGGCUUCCUCAAUGCCCUCUGCAAGCUGGCGGCCGUCCUGGGCAUCAGCAGCUUCACCUCCUUCGUCGGCAUCACGAAAGCCGUGCCAAUCUUGCUGGCCUCGACCGCGCUGGCCGUGGGCAGUUCGCUAGCGUUGAGGCUGCCGGAGACGCGGGGGCAGGUGUUGCAGUGAGUGGGGCGUACCCCGAUUCUCCCCCGCUCCAGGGAGAUUAGAGUUGUUAGACACUGUGAAAUGUCUGAUUUUCUGAUUUUGAUUAUUUUAUUUUUUCGCUCCCCCCGGCUCCUCUUCCCUCUUUUUUCGGUGUCAUUACGUGUGUGAGAAUCGGCUCAUUCGUUGAGGGAGUUGGGGGGGGAGGGAAUAAAACUUGACUGAGAAGGAGGCGGGGGAAUAACCUCUUUGCACUAAAUUCAGGCUGGAAAUGGCCCAGCCCCAGCAGUGUGAACGGAUUAACUGGGCAGGCGCCAAUUGACCUAGCUCCUGAUCAGAGCUGGAUGCUAGGGGCUAGGGCCAGCUCCUCAAGGGGACAUCUAAUGUCUAGGCACCCUGCCAUGGGGCAGUAACCCAGAACCCCUCUGUGGUGCUGGCUCCAGGGUGUGUGCUGGUGAACACGCGAUCCAUUUAAUUUUACACACGUGGGUGUAAACUAGUAGUACGUGCAAUGUGUGCUCAUGGAUCUUGGCUGUGUAAUAUUCUCCGAAUCCUCAUUUAUUUUUUUCAUCAGGCACCUGUGGUGUGUGGAGAGCAACGCAACCCCCCCCCCCACUUCCCUCCCCCCUGCUUUUUCGGGGCCCUUUGAGUCAUAUGUAAAGUAGCAUCGAUUUCAGGUGUUAACAAAGCAUCCAUUUCAAGCUUCUAAGCCAGGUUUGCAGGAGCAAAUCGGCAGAGCUAAGUGGUUCUUCUGUGUCACGUGAACCGAAUUUGAAAUCCUGAGCGGCACGCGCCCUUGCAUCAUGUCUCGCUGGUGUCACAAAUGUCUGGUCAAUCCACCCCAGGCGCGGCAGGCAUACACCCUUGUCGGCUCUAGUGGUAUUGGGCAUUCAUACAUUUUGCAGGCAGCAGGUCUAGGCUCUCAUCGGCAUGGCAGAGGCUGUGUCAGAGCAGCGGUUCCAUCCUUGGCUCUGGUGGGUGGAUUGUCCCAAUGUGCUGUGCCUCAGUUUCCCCAUCUGUAAAACAGGGAUCAUGAUACUUGCAUCCUUCUGUUGAGUGCUUUAGAGGAAAGGUGCUGUAUGUGAGGGCAAAGUAGCAUUCUUUUUUCUCCUUUGGACCCACAUCAGCUCAGACAUCCCUCUGUAACUGGACCGAAUUUAACGUGCUAAUCCAGGACGAUUCCCCUCUUCCAGUUAUCCAUUGCAGAUGAACAAGACAGCAAUGCUCGGUUUCUUUUAUUAUCGUUUAUUCAGGGAUUUUAAAUGUUGUUUUUUCUGUGUGGGGGGAGAAAAUUUGACUUUGAAGCUUAGGGAUUGUGGUGGUUGUUUUUUUUAAUUCUCCCCAAGCCCCUCCCCACAGUGGCCAUCCAGAAACACAGCUGGGGCUGGGGGUCGGGGGGGUGGGAAGGGGUGUGAUAGUAGCACCUGUGAUUCCCCAAAAUGAGAUCAAGGCUCCACCGUGCUAGGCCAGCAGCCCAGCUGGCCUGAGAGUGACGCUAACCUCUGUCUUGUCUGUGGGUUGCUGCUCAUUCCGAUUAGGCGUUUCAUGUAUUUAAUUCUGUAGCCAUCUGUCUCGCUGCCCUCCCCCCGUUCCUUGGUCGACACCAAGGUCUGGUCUACACUUAAAAGAAAUUAGAUCGACCCAGCUAUGUCGCUCAGGGCCAAGAAAAAUCUCGUACCCUGCGUGCCUUCCUUAGGUUGACCUAACCCCAGAGGUAGCUGCUCCUAGGAAGAAUUCUUCCAUCAACUUAGCCCCGGCCUCUCAGGGAGGUGGAUUGACCCCAUUGAUGGAACGUAAUGGAACGCCCUGGUGCAGAUGCAGCCUGUUGGCACCGGAAGGGGUUUUCCCAUCCAUGUAAGAACGCCACCUCCUCGCACGCCGGUAGCGACGUCGAUGGAAGCAGUCCUCCCACGCAGUCUUCCGCACGGCACGCAGGGCUGCCGAUUUUUCACGUCCUCGACUGAUGCAGCUGGCCUGGGGAGGGGUUGCAUUUAGCGUCACCCAGCAGGGGCGUUGGGUUGUAGAUGUGGGAAAAGAGAGGAAAGACCAUGAGUGCCUAGGGCUCUGUCCAAUGUCUCAGCAGGCCCAUGAUUGUGUUUUGCUACACCCCCCCCCCACCUCCCGUCCUUUUCAGGAACGUUUGCCUAUGAAUUCACCCUCCGCCUCCAGAUUUAAUUAACUUGCACCCAGGCCUGCCCAGAGAAGGGGCCCUGAUACGUCAGGUUCACUGGGGCCCGCCUCCUCUAAUUUCACCCCAGCUACAGACAUUUUGGGAGCCCGCUGUGCUCGGGUCCCCAGGACAAUUGUCCCUCUUCUCAUUCCUACUCAGGAACAGCUUUGCAAGGGUGCAAACUAUGCAUUGAGCUCGGAGCAGAGGGGGUUAUUUGUUGGGGGGGGGGCCUGCUCAUUGAAGGGUGGGGCAGUUCCACCCCUUCAGACAGGUCUACCAGGGAAAAUGGAGCAAUCUUAACCAUCAGGGCCACAGGGAGAGUAAGAUCCUUGAAAAUCUAUUGCCUUGGAUGGUUGCCAGAGGGAACCCCCCAGAGUCUGAGGGCAGCUAAAGCCAGGGGAGGAUCAGAACGUAGCACUUAAGGUGCAAUGGCUCCACGCAAGCGGGCUCUACUUUUGCAAAACCCAAAGCACCGCGCCUUGCUCAUUAGAGACGGGCCAAACCCGAGCCCCGAAGGCACCCAGAGCCCUUGCCCCAGCUCCGGCUGGCUUUUCUUGCUUUCCUCUUUCCUGCUGCAGAUGAAGGCAGAGCUAGGGCGGGAGGGGCAGUGCGGCUGCCCAGGGCUUGGCGUAAGAUGCCUCGAAGAUUUUUGCUCAGCGCGUGUGUCCAGGACCCUCUGAGCGAAGGUAUUGCUCGGCUGAAGGAGCAGGGAGGUCAGAGGUAGUUAGGGGCCGCAGGGGGCUCUUUUAAAGACACCCUAUUGUGGGUUGCAAAGGCCCCACACUGAUCAGCAGCAGUGGGUGUUGGGUGAGAACAGCAACCUCGUUAUAGCAGCCAUCUAGCGCCAUCUAUGGGCACAGAGUGGAAGCACACCCUGGCCUCCUUCUCCCCUUAGGGCCAAUGUACGGUUUUUAUUCCAAGCCCAUGGAGUCAGCUGGGUGUCACAUGCUGGCCCUUUAAUUCUCUGCACUAUAAAGCCAGCACUGUCCAGGAACCAGGAGGCUAAGAAGCUUUCUUGGGGGGGGGGCGGGGGGGCUCUCCUUUCGCGCACGUGCUGGUUGUAGCUGAGAAUUUAAAUGUUCUUUAAAACCCCAGCUGACCUGAGGCAGAUGUCUCAGCAUCUGCCCCAUCUUGUGGCUUGGAAACAAUGAGGGGAGGAUCCCUGCCAUGUCCUUUCUGCUGUCAGCAAGGGGGUGGAGGCACUUGAGUCUGUUCUGACCUGGUGCUGGAAGAGACACAAGCCCGUUGCCUUGCCCAAGAGGGAGGCUUGAGCCCAGAAGGCAGGAGAGCGUUUUAUGCACAUUCACCCACUGAGGUCAAGAAGAUUUAAGCGCGUGCUAGAGUGCAGGCCUAAAAUCCGGGUGGUGAGUGAGUUCCAACCCAGAUCUUCAAUUAACCUAACCCCCCACCGCCCCACCACUGAACUCGAACAAGCAGCAGGACCCCCAAUGGUGGUGUGGAAGGAAAUAAGCUUUUUAAAACCAGAUCUCUACCUUGCAGGGCGACAGUGCAAUUCUUAAUUUCAAAACAUCAUAAUAAUGCCCUGGGCUAAGUCUUUAUGCUGCUCUCUGUUACCCUGGGGUAAAUCUGGGAGCAAAUCCCCAUCAUACCAGUCUAACAGAGCAGAAUCUGGACUUCAGGGCAACUUUGAUUGGAGGAAAGGGGGGGGGGAAAUGUCCAGGUUCUCUGGUUGUAUUUUAUAACCCAUUUGCAUAGCAAAGCCCACUAAUUGUCACAUUGUAGGUUAAUCGCUCAAUGGGCCCAUGCAGGUUCCAUGCUUUAAUAGCUAGAUGUGUCUCUUUGUGUCAUCAUCUGAAGAUCUGAAUGGCGUGUGGUCCCCAGUGCCCAUUAAUCUAAUUAUAGCAGCUGGACACACACACAGCCAAAAUUUUUAUUUUAAACAAGGGAUGAAGUUGACCAGCACCUGUGUCGGUUUUGCUGGGGUUCUUUAGUGUAAGGCAUACCAGCCGAGGUCCAAAACGGGGAAUUAAAUAUCUUGCCUUUGCUGCAGAGCUAAACAGGGAAACACACUGUACGUGGGGAGGGGGCUGUCAGUUUAAGGUCACUUCGGUCUGCAUUAGACAUUAGAGCCAGGUCGCCAGUUCUAUUCAGAUGCGUAGAGAAGCGUGGUGUACACCAAGGGGGGAAACGUCCUGCUGUAUCAUUUUAAGCGAGAGUUGUAUUUUUUUACAUUUUAGGAGAUAUUUAAGAGUAGUAUAUUUUUCAUUAUUUAUAAUUUUAUACCAGAUCUCAGUUUCCCCUCCUCGCGCAAGCUUGGGACCAAGCAUACCUGAAAGGAAGCGUUUUUUGUGUCUCUCUUAGCUACCUAGCUCCCCAGCUGGGCUAUCUGAGCACAUCACAAUGUCUAAUGCUCACAGCCCUACUGUGCGGCAAGUUACAGGUAGGGAAACUGAGGCACACAGAGACAAAGAGUCUGUCUAUCCUGUGAUCAGAGGAGUGAGUGCGGCAUGUGUCGACAUAGCCAACCUAGCUGUGAUCUCGCUCGCUUGAAUAACAAUAGCACUAAAGCUGCAGCACCAGGGGCUGUACAAAUGCACUCAGCCCCCGGACUGUGCUCUAGCCUUCACUGCUAUCAGUGCUCCAGUUAGCUGGAUUGGGCCUGUCUAUCCACGCUGCAGUCAUACCACCGCAGGGAAUGUAGACAUCCACUAAGUGACUUGCCCAUGGUCACACAGGGAAUCUGUGGCAGAGGUAGGAAUUGAACCUAGCUCAGGCUCCCUAGCCCAGCUAGUACUCUAACCACUGAGCUAUCCUUCCUCUGCUUCUCUGGCAGCAUGAAAGGGCACAAUGUUUCUUCCAUUAACAAAGCUUAAUUAAACAAAGGUGUCAUCAUUUAUGACAAGCUAAGGAUUUGCCCUGGAGAAUCAGGGCCGCUGGCCAGGUGGAGGGUGGCAUCAGUUUGAGAGUGAUUUUUUGUUUCGUGCAAAAUGCUACGUGGACACAGUUCAGUUUAAACUAGGCUUAUUUGGGUUUAGCUUAGGCUGACUGAGAACAGGGUUAACGUAAACUGAACCAGCAGUAUCCACACAAGGGUUUGUAGCACUUUAAGAACGAACUUACGUUAAACCCGUGCAGCUGCUAUGUAAGAGCUGGGUAUUGUUAUUAUCCUGGGUGUAGACAAGGCCAGGAGCCUCUGGGCCCAAUUCUUCAGUGCCUCGUGCCUUGCAUCAUCAUAUACAGCUGGGUAAAAGGAACGCAUAGGGCCACUGCUCUGAUGUGGUGGCACCGCACGCCCAUUUCGUCACUUGCGCAGUGGGUAUGUACCACUCCCUAGUGAGAAAAGUGGUGAUUUGCACUAAGUGGCUCCACAAGGUGAAAGGAAAGAGUGAAUCAGCCCCUAGGCCUCCCAUGGUGGCUGCUAUCUGGGGGAUCAGAGAAAGGACAUGCAUCAAGCACCUGCAUGUAAUGGGACAGAGAAUUUCCUUCCUGACCCAUGCAGCAAUCAUAGCUCCAGUUCUGAAGCAUGACAGUUGAUAGAUGUUAUUUUAGCAGCUAACCACAAGGUGACUGCUGGGUAGCCAGUCCCUUUAAUAAAGGUACCAAAAGGCCAAGCACUAUAGUAGGACAAAGGCCCCACCUAGGAGGAGGCUCAGAUCAAUCUACUGGUCCCAAUUACGUUGGCUUUUCCACCCCGCUGUGAAUGGGGCCAGACUGGAUUAUGACCACAUUGUAACCUGAGUCAGAAGGGAGCAUGAGUGUUGCCCACACAAGCUCAUUUUAAAGGGCUGGUGUAGAUGGGAGAUUAGAAAACUUGUCAGUUAGGCUGCAGCAUCAGGACCACCAAUGCAACCUGCUCCAGUGAGGAAGGGCUGCAAGGCCCCGCUGAUCAUCAGUGUUUCCCUAUCCUAGCCAGGCUGCGUUUGCCUCCCUCCAGCGGAUCGGCAGGCGCGCUUGACUCAUGGCUGCCUUAGCAACGAAGGGGACUGAUUUUUAGAAAGAUUUAACUCGAGACCCUGGGCUGAGCUUGUUCCUAUUCUGGGUUACACGUGUCUCACCGUAUAGACAAACCACUCUGGGCCCAAAGCGUGAGGCCGCGAUCAGAGGGAAUAGCACAGCUGUUGUGGCUGGUCUUGUACCGUAAUUUACACCAGACUAACUGAACGCCGGCCGGAAUUUUCAAAAGCACCUGCGUCACUUGGGAGCAUUUUCAAAUGUGACUUUGGAGCCUGAGUUUUAUGGCCUUUCAAUAGGAUUUGGGCUCCUAAGUCACUCAGCUGCUUUUGAAAAUUUUACCCCCUCAGCUCCAAAGUCCCAUUGUCAGAAGAGACUCAUGAGUCAGAGCAUCUGAGGUCUGUGCACACAGCUGGGCGUGGGUAAGCGAGCGGAUUUGCACAAAGCGUUGCACGCCCACCUUCUGAGCCGCGCUAAGAUGGCUCGACUUGGGUAUGCAAAACAUAAGGGGGGCGGGGACCAAAAUUACUCGUCACUUUUGACAAUACGUCUCCUAAAUCUCUUUGAAAGUCAAGAGGAUUUAGGCUCCCAAGGGUUUAAGUCACUUCUGGAAAUGGAACUUAGGCACUUAUGAAAAUAUUACCCCGAGUCUCCUUUUAAAAAAAACAAUCCUCCUCGUAUCACGCUUUUAGUUUAAAAAUCUAGUUGCAAACUGGAGCCAAAGACGAGAGGUCAGUAGGAGAGUGACGUUCUAGGCAAGAGGGAUUUUUAUCUUACUGGAGCAAACUGGUCCCAGGCUGGGGAAGGCCAGCCCCACCCCUGCCCCCUUUUAAAAAACAUUAUUUUGAAACGUAAAAGAUUUAAAAUAGGGAUCAUUUUGGAAAAUGUUAAUUGGCUGCUUGAAAAGAAAAGAGGGGAGGGGAGGGGAUAAAUGUCACAAACAUUUUGAAAAUGGUCACUUCCCCCCGCCCCAAAACUGGACCAAACUUAGGUCCCUCCCCAGCUUGGCCCCAGCUCUUCUGCAGGGUCAGCCUGCUGGCCCUGGGCUCCCUAUAAGUCACCAGCACCCCAGUCUUCUGAGGUCAACAGAAACUCCCUGCCGUCCCCACAAACCCUGCUGCGAUGGCUCAUGCACAAGCCCGCCUGCCGGGCGCCUCGCCGGCGUUUGGGAGCAGGAGCGGCGGCACCCCUGGGUGAGCACAGCGCAAGCCACACAUGAUGUAGGAAAAAGCACAACUCCGGACACAUUCUCCCCUGCACCCUGCUGCCACUCAGAGCUGCCGCUUCCGCCUCUCACCCGCCAACGCUGCCCCUCGGCCCCGACCCCCGGUUCCUCGUUCCCAGCUAACCCCCAGAGCUACACCGAGGCAAAGCUGAAGUAACCCAGGGCAGAACUGGGCCCCUAGGAAGCCAGAAGAUACAGAUUAGGAGCCUGAUUCUCCUUUCCACUGAGGUUACCUUUGCACCAUAAAGGAGCCUUAGCUCAACUGAGCAUCAGGCCUGUAUCAGGAACAGCAGCUGCAUCACCCAGGCCUGGAGUCUGAUCUCGCUUAUGCCAAUGGAAAUGUGACAACUCCAGCAGACGUGCUCUGGGAGGUAGCUCAUUGCAACAGCAGCCACGCUCCUCCCUUGGAGGAACAGCAAUGGGUGGACCCUGCUGGUGCCUGCUCCAUGCGAGCCACGCUGGUCCAGUCACUGAUGGUGUGUUUUGAAAGGCGGAGGGAAGGGGUGGGUACAUAGAACAGGCCAAACAGGGCCGACAGAAAGCUCUGAAAUGUACCGAUCGCCCAGGGCAACCCUUACUUGACCCUUACAUCCGGUUCGAUGACACCGUUCGGCGGGUCAGAUGCACACACCCCCAACCGCCAAAUAUUUUUCCACUUUUU